GAUACUAUAAAACCCUACUCCACCACCGUCCUCCGCUUCUCAUUCCUCAUCACCACCUUCCUCUUCUGCUCCUCCGCCACAUCCACCGCCGCUCUCAAAAUCGCCCGUCCACUCCGUAAACUAACUCACCCAGUCGUCAUCCUCGUUUCCGUAGAUGGGUUCCGAUUUGGGUACCAGUUUAAAACCCCAACACCCAACAUCCAUCGACUAAUCAAAAAAGGAACCGAAGCUGAAACCGGAUUGAUUCCAGUUUACCCAACCUUAACUUUCCCAAAUCACUACUCAAUCGCCACCGGAUUAUACCCAGCUUAUCAUGGAAUCAUAUUAAACAGAUUCACUGAUCCAACUACAGGCGAUAACUUCACAACAAGAAGUCGUGAACCCAAAUGGUGGCUAGGCGAACCCAUAUGGGAGACAAUCGCGAACCAAGGGCUGAAAGCGGCGACAUAUUUCUGGCCUGGGUCCGAUGUAAAAAAAGGUUCUUGGGAUUGUCCUGUGAAUUUCUGUCCACCGUAUAACGCUUCAGUUCCGUUUGAAGAACGCGUCGAUACUUUUCUCCAUUAUUUCGAUUUGCCAAAUGAAGAAAUUCCUGUUUUCAUGGCGUUAUAUUUGGAGGAUCCUGAUUCUCAAGGUCAUUUAGUUGGCCCUGAUGAUCCUCAAAUUACAGAAGCUGUUAGUAACAUCGAUGGGUUGAUUGGUAGAUUGAUUAACGGAUUGGAAAAACGUGGAGUUUUCGAAGAUGUUACUAUAAUUAUGGUUGGCGACCAUGGAAUGGUAGGUACUUGUGAUCAAAAGUUGAUAUUUUUAGACGAUUUAGCUUCUUGGGUCAAGAUUCCGGAAGAAUGGGUAAAAUUUUAUUCUCCUGUGUUAUCUAUUCGUCCACCUUCUAAUCAAUCCCCUUCUGAAAUUGUCGCCAAAAUGAACCAAGGAUUGAGUUCAGGAAAGGUUAAAAAUGGCGAUAAAUUGAAAGUUUAUCUCAAAGAAGACCUUCCUGCAAGGCUGCACUAUUGGGAAAGUGAUAGGAUUACUCCAAUCAUUGGGUUAGUUGACACUACUGGAAAAAGGUUAAUACAAUACACCAUAAUAUAAUACGGAUAUAAUAAAACCCGUACUAGAAAGGGAUGUAUGUUUCUAAUUAAAGGCGUAUUAUAUAUACACUUAAAUCAGGGGAGACUUGUCUACAGUAGCUCUUCCAUUCACCUUCCGCCAUCUGCUGAUUCUUCGACCCUUCCGAGUGUCUCCCACCGCGGUCGACUUCCAAUCAAAGACGACCGUUUUUCCCCAUCACCAUCUAUCUUCCAAAUUACUAGAUUAACCUCACCAUCUUUAUUCUUUACAGUUUAGAGCCAAAACCCUGUCACCACCACCGCCCUAUACGUUGCUGCUCUCCGAUUAUAGGAUAUCUUGCCAACUGCGAAGCCUCCACAAACGCAACCCCGACUCCAUUAUCGUCUACUUCUUCCCAACACCCAUUCUUUGGUUAAGCCCUAAAUACAUUCCACCGCUUAUUGCUUCGUCUUCCUCCUUAAUCAAAUUGAGAGCCGCUAGUGUCGUAGAAAGACAAUCCUACACCGCCUGUGUCAUCAAACUCAGAGCCGCUGGUGUCGUAGAAAGAGAAUCCACCACCUCCAGGUCGCCACCUUUAAAGGCUUCCGGUUCGUCUUCGUCGCCAAUUCAGAAUCGUGUUCUUAGGUCACUCGAAAAGCACUCAUGGUCGAUGAAAUCAAAAUGUGAAAUCAUGUUCUUAAGUCACUGGAAAAGCACUCAUGCUCGAUGAAAUCAUCAAUUACGUUCAGUCACUACAAGGUCAAGUUGAGUUGCUUCCAAUUUCCAUCAAUGGCAUCUCAAGCCGACUCAUCUAUGCAAGCCAUCUGUUAUCACCGUGGCUCACUUCAGCUACUUGAUCAGGUCCCCUUUCUCCUUCAUAUUCACUUCAUUUCAUUUAAUUGUAACUGUUGUUUUGAGCAGAGAAAACUUCCUCUUGAUACAAUCUAUUUGGAGAUUCGAGAUGCUGCUGAAGUGUAGUGUUUCCUCAGAACUUUUUCUUGAUUUGUUCUAUUGUUUCACAGUCGUCCAACAGCUGUGAAUCUUUCAGAUGUUGCAACUAAACUUAAAAAGAUUGUAACAAACUCUGUUGCAACUGCUACAGAUGCUAACCAAGUGUUCCUUGCUUACAUUGAAGCUGCUGAAGUAAUGCUGGAAGAUGAUGUUGCCUCCAAUAAAGCAAUCAGUCUUGCAACAUUUGGAUUUGGAACAGCUCUUGGAGUAAUCCGUGCACUACAUGUUGAUGAAGUACUAGAAAGAGCUUAUUGUACAGAAACCCGUCCAUUUAACCAAGGAUCAAGAUUGACAGCUUAUGAAUUAGUUCAUGACAAAAUACCCGCGACUCUUAUAGCAAAUUCUGCAGCUGCUGCUUUAAUGAAAACUAGAUCUAUCCAUUAUGUCAUUGUUGGAGCUUAUCGUGUUACUGCUAAUGGUGACACUGCGAACAAGAUUGGAACAUAUAGCCUAGCGUUAUCUGCUAAACAUCAUGGUGUUCAAUUUUACGUUGCGGCCCCCUUGACUUCAGUUGACUUGUCAUUAUCUUCCGGGAAUGAAAUUGUUAUAGAAGAAAGAUUGCCAAAGGAGUUACUUAACACAUGUGGUGGUAUGGGAGAACAAGUUGCAACUUCUGAGAUUUGUAUUUGGAAUCCAGCUUUUGAUGUUACACCAACUAAUUUAAUAUCUGGUAUCAUAACUGAAAAGUAACCUAUAAUAUUGGCAUUGUUAUUUCUAUCUGGGAUCCAAUUGUCAUGUUACUUGUGAGAGAAGAUGCUUUGGCUGAGUUUAAAACAAACUUGUUGCAACAGAACUUGAAAAUAAUUCAAUCUCUUCUUCUUUUACAAUUACCAGGUGUUCAAGAGAAGUUAAAGAAACAAAUUAAAGAAGUGGAACUUGCACAAUCGAAAGAGGUGUCAUUACACUGGCCUGGCAUGGCAGAGAGUGUUAAAGUUAUUGGUGGAAUCUAUGUGGCCUUCAGCCACUUGGGUGAGAUAAGGACACUUGGCAUGCUACAUUCGAGAUUUAAAUGGGUUACUUCAGCUUUUUGUGAACACCUUGUGCCAAUGCAAAAAGAGGAGCCUAAAAGAUAUCAUGGAGAUUAUCACACAAGAUGUUAUGAAUGAUGAUCACAAGUGGUGAGGCUUUGCUUGCUUUUGACUGUCAAGGAAUCUGCCAUUAAUGUGCCUAGAAAUUUCAAGUAUCACCUUAUAUAUGAGAAUGUCAAAUCCUCCAACUGUCGGUAACAUGGUCUCAUAUAGGAACUUCAGUGUUUUGACUCCAUAUGUUCUCUAUUCAUAAGAAGGAAAAUGAAGAUGAAAUUUCAAUUAUAUUUUAGCUCCAGAAGAUAGAAGAUAUAUCCAGGUGUCUGUUGAUAUUACUUUUGACUGUUGUCCCUUUAUUUAGAAUCAAAGAACGUGAAGUUUGUAACUGGAUGUUGAAUAGGGCUGGAAUGCAAUUAAGAAUGGCCACUAGGAAGGAGUCUGGGUUUGGUAUCUUGACAUCUAGUACGGUUGUAUGAGUAAUCUAGUAUGGUUGUAUGAGGAGAUCGUAUGGUGUAUUAGAUGGGUGUGUGUUUGAGAGGAUUCAUAUCAAGUACGGUUGUUUAUGGAUGUAUUAGAUGUGUAUAUAUGCCGUAUUAGAUGAUUGUAUGUGAUGGCUGUAAAAAGUAGAUAGGAUACAUAUAGUACGGCUAAAUAGCCGUACUCUAUUAGGCAUGUAAUCUAAUACACCCCUCUACUAAUACGCCCUCUAUGUACGUACUAUAUUCAUAAUUUCAACCGUACUCUAUUAACCUUUUUCUA